GUCACCAGGCUGACUCCCUUCCUGCUGCAUCACAGCAGCCUUUAGCAGCUCGAGCAGCACUUGUGACCGGCGGGACGGGAUAUCCACCUAUAAUUCAUUGAUAAAACAACCCUGCUGACGUUGCAGCAUUCCGCAACAUCCUAACACGGGGGUAACCGACAGGAACUUGUUGCAGUGCGAUAACCCCGCUCCAGCUGUUGGGAUAUGGCCAGGCCGGAACAGGUUCUGCUCUUGGAGCCUCAGCACGAACUGAAAUUCAGAGGUCCGUUUUCAGACGUGGUCACCACAAAUCUCAAGCUCUCCAACCCAACAGAUAGGAAUGUGUGUUUUAAGGUGAAGACGACGGCACCGCGCCGGUACUGUGUGCGGCCAAACAGUGGAAUAAUCGAUGCAGGCACCUCAAUCAAUGUCUCAGUUAUGCUGCAGCCUUUUGAUUAUGAUCCCAAUGAAAAAAGCAAGCACAAGUUCAUGGUCCAGUCGAUGAUAGCACCUCCCGACAUGACCGACAUGGAGGGAGUGUGGAAGGAGGCGAAGCCAGACGAGCUGAUGGACUCAAAGCUCAGGUGUGUUUUUGACAUGCCAGUGGAGAAUGAAAAAAUGCAUGACAUGGAGUCCAACAAGAUGAUGUCAUCUAGCUUGCUGAAGUCAGAGUCCUCUGUGCUUCCUGCGAAGGCAAUGAGCUCCACCCUGGAUGAUGGGGAGGUAAAAAAGAUCAUGGAGGAGUGUAAGAGGCUGCAGAUGGAGGCUCAGAGGCUACGGGAAGAAAACAAACAAAUCAGAACACAGAUUUUACUCUCCGACUCACAAGAGGGCCCAGGAAUGUCAAGCUCUGCAGUGGUAACUGCAUGCUAUAGGGUGGAACAGCCAUCUGUAUCAGAAGUAAUCACAAACCUGGCACUCCAGAUUGAUCGCCAUACUGUCAGUAGAUUUAACAUUUGCCGCUCUGACAUCUGGGAUGGAGCUGUGAGAGGAUUCAAAAGGGGAACAUUCUGUGACACCAAGAACCUCCUUGUGAAGUUCUCUGAUGAUGGAAGCAGAUUUGAGGAAGGUCUUGACUACAGUGGUCCAAAAAGAGAAUUCCUUUCCCUCUUGAUGAAAAGGCUGAACAAACGACCCAUAUUUGAUGGUCCUGAAGAGAGACGCUACCUUGUCUACAACUCGACAGCAAUCAGAGAGGAUGAAUAUAGUUUGGCAGGAAAGAUGAUUGCCAUUUCUAUUGUACAUGGUGGACCUGGCCCAAAUUUUCUCUCGAAGGAUCUGGUCAACCACAUCGCAAGGCAGUCCAGUUUCAAUCAAUCUAUAGGAGACAUCACAGAUGAAGAAAUAGGGAAAGUGCUGUGGCAGAUUGAAAAUGCAUCCACAUUGGAAAGCCUGCAGGACCUGAUUGACCAGAACAGCACUAUGCUGCAGACUGCAGGGUGUUUUAAACAUGUUGUGUCAGUGGAGAACAAACACUCAAUUGUCAAGGAGUGCCUUAGAUGGUAUAUAAUUGACAGGAACUACACAGCAAUUGAAAGGUUCAAAGAUGGACUUGCCAGCUUGCAGUUUCUAGCGGCACUGCAGCAGUAUCCAACCGUCCUGACCCCUGUUCUCUGCCAUUCAAAUGACAAGUUAUCUGCGACAGACGUGGAAAACAUCUUCCAGCCCCAGCUUAGUCCUGUCGGAAGCAACAUGAGAAUGCUGGAGAACAAAACAAGAAGUUUCUGGGCAGACUACCUUCUUGACUGUGAAGACAAUGAGAGUUCUGUGACUCUGGAGGAGAUCUUCAUGUUUGCCACAGGCGUGCCAUGCAUACCUCCUGCUGGCAUGGAUCCUCAACCGCACCUCGAAUUCCUCGCCAGUUCCGAGUUCCCCAUGGCUAAUACAUGUGCCAACACUUUAAAGUUGCCUAUCUUGGAUGACUACGACACCUUUAAAGCCAACAUGAACUUCGGGAUUAAGAAUUCCCCUGGCUUUGGAUGCGUUUAAACAGUCUGAAUUAUGAACAUUUAAAAUGUACAACAAAGAGGUUUUGUUCAGUUUGGAUGUGUUCAGUACUCCGCUUUAGACUUCAGCUUUGUCACAGGAUCAGACUUCAUUUUAUUUUAUUUCUUGUCCUCUGUUCUGUUUGCCCUUUUUAAUACUUGCCGGUGUUCCUAUGUGCCAACUGUUAAUGCAUUAAUUUAUUAUGCCAGUUCAGUUGCUGAUUAUUUGUGCAAUUAAUCUAGAAAUUAAGAAAAAAGUCCGGCCUUGUUUUUCAGGGUGAUGUAGUUCUCUACUGCAGAAUGCCACUGAUGGGGUGGUGUCAGAGCACUUUGUCUCUGCAGUUCUUUAAAGGCAUGCUGGUCUAUGCCCCCACCAGGAAUUGCUGGUGCUAGCACUUGUCUUUCAAGCUGACUCAGAGUUUGUCAGAAAGCUGGGAAUCCACACUUAUUUCCACUUAAUCUGGGAACACACUUAUUUCCACUUAAUCUGGGAACAAUUACAGAAAAAUGCCCAGAUUAAGCAACCAUCACAUUGACAGUGGUUUUGUUUUUGAUUGUUCUUUGCCAAUUAGAUUAGCAUGGGAUGCAAUUUUUUAUUUCUUUUCAUUGGAAUGCCUUUCCGUGUUUAUGAUUGGCUAUAUUUUUUAAGAAACAAAUGCGGAAACACCACAAGACAACAUAAUAAAGAUUCAAAUAAACCAUCAAAUAUUUGAACAAAAGUGAUACUGACUACAGUAUAUGCACACACUUACGAACUUUUACAACCUCAAACAUGUUGAAACUAUAUAACUGCACUGUCCAUUAUUUCUCUGUGGAUGCUUCAUGUACAUUUUAAUGGAAAUGGUUUUCUAAUAGGUGUCUCUCCCUCAAGUCACCAAACAGAUCCAUCCAAAACUGUAUCCUAUUAUGAAAAUACAAUUUUUUUUUUUUAUAAGAAAGUCUUUUGUCAUAUAAAAACAAUUCAGUCUUAAGCUAAACAUAAAUUUAACAAAGCCAAAUAAACCAUAGCCUUCACUGACCCAGUCACAUACACUAAAUACAAAAAUGUGGUCUGAAGUAUAACACAAGUGUCACACCACAAAGUAUGAAUAAAGAAUAACACAUAGGAUAAAAAAAAACCUUUGUUUGCGAAAGUAUGACCACCAGCUUUCACUGGUUGGAUGUUGAAGUGCCAUACAUGUGACUUCUGGUUCCUGCAAAUUCAUCUGUUUGCUUAGAUCUAAAGUAACAAUUAAUUGCUGCCAUCAACCCAUUUUUUGUGCCACAGUCUGUAUGGAGGCGCAGGUUCAUCACAUCACAUCUUCUGUUAAUUAAUGCUUUUGUUUAAGAAUCUGCCACAUUGCUCGGUAGCCUAAAAGUUUUCCUGAUCCCUGAAGCUCCUCAGAAAUAGCUGCCUGCACAGUAGCAACUGGAGUAUUGUUAGGCCUUUUAGUUGGGUCUACUGGAGUAUAGUUAGGCCUUUUAGUCGGGUCUACAUCUCGUAGUCUUCUUUUUGAAGUGCUAAGACUCAUUGAAAUGUUGUGCUUGGUUGCCAGCAAGACCAGUAUUAAUUCAGAGGGAUGGCCCUCUGUGAAAUACUUGUGAAUAAUUUCAUCCACAGUGGUCGCUUCAGGACCUGAUGGAUAAAUAUAUGGACAAUUUAUUAGAGAAAAACAGAUCGACUACAUUUACACACUUUUACAUUUUACACAAUGAUUGAUUAGUGAACAAAGUAAGAAACUGAAAAGAUAAUGGCUCAUUUAGAUUUUUUGUUGUUUUAGUGUUCACUUACUUAGCUGUUAACCAAAUUCAUAAUCUUUAAGAAAAUUACCAAGAUAGACCUUCGGUUUGACGACUUAUUAAGAACUGAACAUUUCUGCCGCAGGAGCCAUAGCCAUAGGAGUAUAACAGGACAGUCUGAUGAUUUAUUCCACAAUAUGGUCAAAACAUGAUCUGGUAAAAACAUAAAAGGAAGAAGGACAGAGGUUUAGGUUUAUGGCAUUGUACUGUAUAAAACUGUGAAAGUUGUUUGGGUGUCGUAUAGAAUCAUAUGUGGCAUCAUGACCAUAUGAAUACAUACAAAUGUUUCCACAUUCAAGGCUACUACAGUAUGAAGAACUUAAUUCACCCUCAAGAACAUUGUGCCCAAUGGACCUCUUUGCAUUUAUCUUUUGAAAAAUUUUUUCAGGGCUUUUUUGAGGUAAAACAUUUAUUUUUGACCAAAGAUUAAAUAAAGCAUAGUCCUAAAUGUGUGUAAAAAAAUAAUGUAGCAUUGUCAAUUUCCAGUGUGGUGAAGAUAAGUUUUGAGUUUGUCGUUCUGUUCUGAAUUUGUGUCUUUAUAAAACAAUAACAUAAUAAAUAUAUACAAAGACACACUAACAUUAAAAGAAAAAAAAUGUGUUUUAAUUUCAGAACUAGAGUUUCCAGCACAAUGCUUUGCAUGCCAUGCACUUAACUUCCCUUGCAUCACCAACAAGGUGAAAAUGUAUUUUGUUUUUUUCCUUUGCCAGAACUUUGUAAAAAAAAAAAACAAAAAAAAAAAACAAUGCAUU